AUGCCACGUGGCAGAGCUAGAAGAAGGGCUAGACAGGAGCCCGCCGGGAGGCAGGAACACGCCGGCAACAUCAGACGCCAACCGGCCAGAAACGCUAGACAACAACCAGAGGAGGAUGUUAGAGAAGAACCCGCCGGCAAUGUCAGACGCCAUCACGCCGGAAACGAGGAACCCGCAGGCAACGCAAGGCGACAACCCGCCAGAAAUGUUAGACAAGGGCCAGUCAGGGAGGUCAUGCAAGACCCUGCCGACGACGCGAGGCGCCAAGCGGAUGCAAGAGACGAACCCGUUGACCAGAGAAACGGUGACAGGGGCCGGAAACGAACGGCGGACGAGUUGGAAGACUUAGUAGAGGACAGAAUGUUGCAAGAUAAUGCCGAUGUUUGGAUUGUUGGUGAUUCAAUCCCGUAUUGGGCGGGGACACAUGCUACAGCCACUGGAAAACCUAACUUAAACAUAGAGGGAGUGUCAGUUGCAUGGUGGGGUAAGAGAGGUAUGGGUUGGAGCGGAUUUAGACAACACAUAGAGACACAGGUUCUUCUGUCUUCACCGCCCAGAAUAAUCAUCAUCAGUCUAGAUGGUAACGAUUUACUCCAAUUCAAAACCCCAGAUAUUGGAAAUCUCAUACGGCAAGAGAUAGUUUACCUUAGAGACGCCUUUCCGCAGACAAUGAUUAUAUGGUUAGAUAUUCUGCCAAGACAGGUCUGGCCGGGGUCAAGAGGGGGAUACAUUCCUAUCGAAACUAAACGCAAACGAUUGAACAGAAUCGGUCGUAAAAUUGUAUUAGAGUCGGGAAGGGCAGACAUAAUUUCAACAGAUAUUGACGCAGAAACAGCCUUUUAUCGUCCCGACGGAGUUCAUUUAAAUCUAGUUGGCCUUGAAUUUUAUUUAGACUUCGUUAAAGAUGCCAUUCUGAGAAACAUACCUGAAUAA